GACGUGGGGCUCUGCGAAUGGGAGAGCGACAGCCCACGUUUGGGCGCUCUGCCACGCAGGGGUACGGAGCUGGCGCGGGUCCAGCCCUUCUCGGUGUGCCAUCCCCGCGCGGCACUGCAGCUUGGUCAUAUGAGCAGAAAUGAUGAGAAAAGCACUUUUUAAUCUUUUCGCACUUGCCUCCCUGUUCAAACAGUUGCAGGAUGGCUAUGACUGACGUGCUCAACGCUGAGGAUAUCAAGAAGGCUGUGGGAGCCUUUUCAGCUGCUGAAUCGUUUAACUACAAGAAGUUUUUCGAGAUGGUAGGACUGAAAAAGAAGAGCCCAGAAGAUGUGAAGAAGGUUUUCCAUAUUCUUGAUAAAGAUCGAAGUGGCUUCAUCGAAGAGGACGAAUUAAAGUUUGUACUGAAGGGCUUUACCCCAGAGGGACGAGACCUAUCAGACAAAGAAACGAAGGCUCUUCUGGCUGCUGGAGAUAAGGAUGGGGACGGUAAAAUUGGCGCUGACGAAUUUGCAACUAUGGUGGCUGAAUCAUAAAGGCUUUGACCAAUGCAAACCCUUCACCCAUCCUUCACUGCCCAAUUCCAACCACCUCCUGCUGGCUGCUUUGGCUCCUGUUCUAUUUAUUUAUGUUAUUUUAUACUCCAGCUAUGUUCUCUGCAAUCCUGCAACUCUGUAAUUGUGCUGAAAGACACUGUUAAAAUAAUAAAGGUCACAUCAAUCUGGGCUUUAUUCUCUCACUAUAACUUGUUUCUUAUUUCAUGUAGGUUUGGCACACGCUGAGAGAAAAUUUUACUCUUUUUUGCUGACAUCCCUGCAGCUUUAUCCCUUGCUAGGGUAAAGUAGGAAGAAAUAAAAGCCAGUUUUUGGGAUAAAACAUGCAUAUAAUGAGUCAUUCAGCCCAAAUUCUGAACUGUGGCAAAACUGACUGCAUUAUUUUUAAGCCAUCCCUGCUAAAUGGAUGCAUACUCAUAGCCUGGAAAAUCUCUAGUGAUGGAAAAUCUCUAGUGAUGGCAAUUACCCAACUUCAUUUGGCAGUUUGUUCUUCCAACUUAAUCAGUGUUAUAGCUAAAAAGUAUUUCCUAAUAUUUAACCUACAUCUCCCAUGCUGCAUUUUGGUUAUCAGUAAAUUGAUCCUUGUCUGUAUCAUUUGUUAAAUUUGCCUGGUGCAGGGGGAUUUUUGGAUAAAAGGUUUGACAGGAAUAUCAGUUGGUGCCAAUCAUGCAUGGGGAUAACUCUGUGAAGUAUUAAAAAGCGGUCAUUUCUGAAACACAGGAUAUGCUUACUAUCAAUGUUACACAACUAUCUAGGACAGGAAGAACAGAAUACACAAAAGAACAACAGUAUGAAUAUCAGGAAGAGGGACACCAAGAUUCAGGUGUUGUGUUGCUGUUGAUACUCUCACUAUUAAAAUACUAUAUAAAAAUCCCAUCAAAAAACAUUCCUUCAAAUACUUUACUAAAGAAGAGAAUAUUUUUUCCUUUGAGUUACACAUACAAAACUGAGACUCAAGUUAAGGAAAUGACUAGCCAACAGUAAGCCUAUGACAGAGCCAAGAGCAAGACACUUGUAUCCCAAAUCCUGUCUCGUAAUUUUGGUACCAAGCUCAUGCUUUUUAUCUUUUUCUUUUUUUAACAUCUUCCCCACAUCUUGACAGAACAUUGAUUACUACUGCAAGAAAAAGGAAGGGUAGUUGCCAUUUCUGGAUUCCAAACUAUUCCCUGCAGCAAUUACACCUUAUUCCAUUCAGAUUUAUUACCGCUAAUUUAGUAUUUAAAAGAAAAAGGAGAAAAUAACGCUGAAACCCUGUCACCAUCACAUUGUACAGAAUACUGUCCUCUGCCACAGUAAUUACCCAAUGCUACUCGGGAAGCCAAUAAACACUCCCUAAAGCUGUUCCAAAUUUUCACUCUGUAGUAACUCACAAGAAAGACUUUCUUUGCUAAAGCUGCUGUGCUUUCAAAAGAAAUCCUUUGGUUUUGCACAAUGUAUAUACGGAUCUGAAGAAUGUAUUGAUUUCUAAGUAUUCUAAAUAAAGCAAACGAAAACGGA